AAAAAGAAAUAACCGCUAGGACAAAGCUGGGUCCGUCUCGCAACGGAAUCAAUCAAUCCCUCCCUCCUAAAACAAACACAGAAGAAGAUAUGUGAGAGAAACCCAAACUCCCUUCAACCAACUCUUCGUUCUCUUUUCUCUCUCUCUCUCUCUCGCAUGGCCUCCGUUUCCAGAUCCCGGCGAGCCCUAGAAGCCGGAUCCGGCGGCAAGAUUGUCCGAACCCGACGACCCGCUCGUACCAGGACUCCCUACGAACGCCCCACCUUCACCGUCAAUCCUCCUCCCGAAAACCCUAAUUGGCUCGCCAGGUUCAUUUACUCCCCUACUCGCUCUAUUGUCAGCGGCGCCGGAAAGGUCCUCUCCUCUGUUUUCCGCUCCGAUUCGUCCUCCUCUUCCUCUUCAGAGCUUGGUAGUGACGACGAAGAAGGUGAUGAUGAUUAUGUUUCUUCUCAAGAAGAUGAUGCAUUGAACAAGAGGAAUGGGACAUCAGAAACAGUAUUCAGGCAGGGGGAAACCAAGCAUGCAAUUGAGCAGCUGCUGAGGCAGGAGACCUUCUCGAGGGAUGAGUGUGAUAAGUUAAUAAAGAUUAUUAAAUCGAGAAUCGUAGGCUGUACCACCACUGAAGAUGCGGAAAAUUCCAGACCAAAUAUAGAUACAACUGAUCUUUCUGCAACAGCUGUUUCAGAGGCCAAAAAGUGGGUGAUGGAGAAGAGGUUGGGAUCAGCUUCAAAAUCGAAGUCGGAUCAUGGAACAAUUCUGUUUCCACAAGGUGCUGAAGAUGAUGGCGGUUCCCCAGUAGAUGUGGCCAAAUUGUACAUGCGGGCACUACCUCCAUGGGCAUCUCCUUCAAAUCAGCAUGGAGAAUUGAGAUCUACAUCACCUCUAGGGUUGCAACUAUUUAAUGAAGAAACCCCAUAUUCAAUUGGUGGAACUUCUGUCAAGUCCAAGCUGAAAAGGGACUCGCCUGCUACUGGGUCAUGGAAUAUCCAGGAGGAAAUACGAAGAGUGCGUACUAAGGCAACAGAAGAAAUGCUAAGGUCUCUACCUUCCUCGACAAUUGAUUGGUCUGCAUAUUCUCUGGAAAACAGAAGUACCUUGAAGUCUCUGCCAGAUGGAAAGCAAGAAGCUGAUUUGGGAGAUAAACUUAAGAAUCCUAGAACAGCUGCAGGUUUAACUAUGGACCCGUCUUUAGGCAUAACUACAACACAUAGCUCUGACGUUACGGAGAAGACACAAGAUGUGCUGCAAAAAGGAGCUUUGACUAGUGGGACUGAACAGCCACGUGCAAUUGUAGGAGAAACCAUACAAUAUUCAAAGGUGCAUGACCAAACCUUUUCAACAACGGCAAAAGAAGUGACUGUUCAUACCACUAAUGGCUUCCCUUCUUCAGCACCGAGUUUGUCUACCCAAUUGGGUAGAGAGGAAACCACACUGGUAAAUGGAGAAAUAAAUCAGGUCAGUUCAAGUCAUGAGAAGAUAGUUACAAAUCUCCUGGUGGAGGAAACCUAUGAGCUUGAGAAGGAAACUACCAUCGACCUCUCCAAGAAUAAUGAAAAUGAUAUUGAUGGCACAAAUGGCCCUGAUUCUAUGCCUUUGAAUGAAGCCAGUGUCAAGGUCCCAGAUGUGAAUGAAAAUGAUAAUGAUGGCACAAAGGAAAAUGACAGUGCUCCAAGUGGCUCCCAAAACAGUUCAAGUAUGCCUGAUGAGUUAUCACAGGAGCUGACCCAGCCUCAGCCGAAAUUAAAUGACACUGCGGUAGCCAAGGAAGACAGCGUUGUUGAGAAGCCGAAGAAGGCAACAAGACUCACCAGAUACAACAGGAGAGGCAGGCCACGGGGUAAAUGACAGCUGAAAUGCGCGCCUUUGUAUCUUAGUCUGUAAUUUAUUGUAAACUAGCCUUUGUAACCUGGCAAAUUAAUUGUUUUUUUGUGUUUUUUGUUCAAUGUCAUUGAGGUAGGAACUACUGUUGGGUAUUUAUGCCGCGGAUCUACUGAACUUAAGUUGAACUGGAAAGCAUUCUCCAGAAGUAGAAUUUGAUCAGUAUUGUGUAAUCUGAAAACCCCAUUGUAGAAUGGGUUUUAUUUUAUGUGAAAGUCCAAUUCUUUGAUUGGGUUUUAAA